AUUAGACGGGUGACAGCCAGCGGGGAGGGGCGGGCGCCACCGCGUCCACGCCCUUUGCUCGGGGCCGGGCCGGGAGGGUCCUCUGGCUUUGCGCGCGCCUGGCAGGCGGCCUGAGGCGUACGGGUCGCACGCAGCGCCAUGCGCGGCCCCCCUGGCUGGCCGUUGCGGCUGCUCGCGCCAUCGAGCCCUGCCGAGCCAGGUCGGCUCCUACCGGUAGCCUGCGUGUGGGCCGCGGCCAGCCGCGUCCCCGGGUCCCUAUCGCCGUUCACUGGCCUGAGGCCGGCGCGCCUAUGGGGCGCGGGGCCCGCGCUGCUCUGGGGCGGUGGUGCCGCGCGCCGCUGGAGGAGCGGCUGCCGGGGCGGGGGUCCGGGCGCCUCGGGGGGCGGCCUGGGCCUCGCGCGGCUCCUGGGGCUGUGGGCUCGGGGCCCCGGCAGCUGCAGGUGCGGGGCUUUUGCCGGGCCAGGCGCUCCUCGGCUCCCGCGCGCCCGGUUCCCGGGCGGUCCCGCAGCCGCUGCCUGGGCCGGGGACGAGGCCUGGCGGCGCGGGCCGGCAGCGCCUCCCGGGGACAAGGGGCGGCUGCGCCCGGCAGCGGCCGGACUCCUGGAGGCCCGGAAGCUGCUGGGGCUGGCGUACCCUGAGCGCCGGAGGCUGGCAGCUGCAGUUGGAUUUCUCACGAUGUCCAGUGUUAUCUCCAUGUCUGCCCCUUUCUUCCUGGGGAAGAUCAUCGAUGUCCUCUAUACCAACCCCACUGUGGACUACAGCGACAACCUGACCCGCCUCUGCCUUGGACUCAGUGCCGUGUUUCUGUGUGGUGCUGCCGCCAAUGCCAUUCGUGUCUACCUCAUGCAAACUUCAGGUCAGCGCAUUGUGAAUAGGCUGAGAACUUCAUUAUUCUCCUCCAUUCUGAGGCAGGAGGUUGCUUUCUUUGACAAGACUCGCACAGGAGAAUUGAUUAACCGCCUCUCAUCAGACACUGCACUCCUGGGGCGCUCAGUGACUGAAAACCUCUCAGAUGGGCUCAGGGCCGGGGCCCAGGCUUCUGUAGGCAUCAGUAUGAUGUUUUUUGUCUCACCUAAUCUGGCCACCUUUGUUUUGAGCGUGGUGCCUCCAGUGUCAAUCAUUGCUGUAAUUUAUGGGCGGUAUCUACGGAAACUGACCAAAGUCACCCAGGAUUCCCUGGCACAAGCCACUCAGAAGCUCUUGAAAUAUGACCCUUCUCCUCCUGAAAUGUAUUUAUUAUUCUGCCAGCUAGCUGAGGAACGUAUUGGAAAUGUAAGAACUGUUCGAGCUUUUGGGAAAGAAAUGACUGAAAUAGAGAAAUAUGCCAGCAAAGUGGACCAUGUAAUGCAGUUAGCAAGGAAAGAGGCAUUCGCUCGGGCUGGCUUCUUUGGAGCAACUGGGCUCUCCGGAAACCUGAUCGUGCUUUCUGUCCUGUACAAAGGAGGGCUGCUGAUGGGCAGUGCCCACAUGACCGUGGGUGAACUCUCUUCCUUCCUAAUGUAUGCUUUCUGGGUUGGAAUAAGCAUUGGAGGUCUGAGCUCUUUCUACUCGGAGCUGAUGAAAGGACUGGGUGCAGGGGGGCGCCUCUGGGAGCUCCUGGAGAGAGAGCCCAAGCUGCCUUUUAACGAGGGGGUCAUCUUAAAUGAGAAAAGCUUCCAGGGUACUUUGGAGUUUAAGAACGUGCAUUUUGCCUAUCCGGCUCGCCCAGAGGUGCCCAUAUUUCAGGAUUUCAGCCUUUCCAUUCCGUCAGGAUCUGUCACGGCACUGGUUGGCCCAAGUGGUUCUGGCAAAUCAACAGUGCUUUCGCUCCUUCUGAGGCUGUACGACCCUGCUUCUGGAACUAUUAGCCUUGAUGGCCAUGACAUCCGUCAGCUAAACCCAGUGUGGCUGAGAUCCAAGAUUGGGACAGUGAGUCAGGAACCCAUUUUGUUUUCUUGCUCUAUUGCUGAGAACAUUGCUUAUGGUGCUGAUGACCCUUCCUCUGUGACCACUGAGGAAAUCCAGAGAGUGGCUGAAGUGGCCAAUGCAGUGGCCUUCAUCCAGAAUUUCCCCCAAGGGUUCAACACUGUGGUUGGAGAAAAGGGUGUUCUCCUCUCAGGUGGGCAGAAACAGCGGAUUGCGAUUGCCCGUGCUCUGCUAAAGAAUCCCAAAAUUCUUCUCCUAGAUGAAGCAACCAGUGCGCUGGAUGCCGAAAAUGAGUACCUUGUUCAAGAAGCUCUAGAUCGACUGUUGGAUGGAAGAACGGUGUUAGUUAUUGCCCAUCGUCUGUCCACCAUUAAGAAUGCUAAUAUGGUUGCUGUUCUUGACCAAGGAAAAAUUACUGAAUAUGGAAAACAUGAAGAGCUGCUGUCAAAACCAAAUGGGAUAUACAGAAAACUAAUGAACAAACAAAGUUUUAUUUCAGCAUAAGGAAGCAAUUACUGGUAAACAAUAUGAGACUUUAAUGCAAAACAGUGUUGCAGAAAAAAAAAAACUCAGAGACUAUGAAAUACGUAAACCAUAUAUCAAGUUAUUUGAAAAAUACCUAUAUUUUUCCAAAGUGUGUAAAAGAUUGUUUUGAAAUGUACCUGUUCUCAAGAUCUUUUUAUUCAGAGUUUUAAUAAUUGUAACUUUUUAAAUGUCUAUAGCACUGAAGUUAUUUUCAGGUUUUGUAUUUUCUUUUAUUGUGGAAUAUUUUAAUUAAUAUAGCAUGGCACCUCAUUUUCUUUUGCCUGCUGUUAAAGAUUGAAGCUAUUGUCAAAUGACAACUUUAAAAAGGCAAUUAUAGAUAAAAAGCCUGAUUAUUUUAGGCCAGUUUACCAAUCACUGUGUAAUUCUUCUGGUAGUAUUCUACCUACUUUUAAGUCUAAUUUUACAGAUAGAAUAAUGGAAAUUGAAAAUUUAACCCUUUAUUCCAAUAAUCUCAUGAAGCAAACCUAACUAUUUAACAUCAGCUGGAAAGAAGCGAACAUUUAUAUUGCCCGUCUCCUGUGUCUUCAAAGGUGUGAGAGCUGAGGAAUAUGUGUUCCUGUGGGAACUAUGUUUGAAUAUGUGCAGUUUUCAACAUUUUGGCACAUGAAAGCCUGACAAGUUUUUAAAAGGGCAGAAGCUUUAUUUUUUGAACAGGAAAACGUGUUUUUUAAAUUCACGUGUUUGUAUGAGUACUUUUGUGAAGCAAGGCAUGAACUGCUAGGUAUUAUUAAGAAUGAAUGAUUGGCCGGGCGCGGUGGCUCACGCUUGUAAUCCCAGCACUUUGGGAGGCCGAGGCGGGCGGAUCACGAGGUCAGGAGAUCGAGACCACAGUGAAACCCCGUCUCCACUAAAAAAAUACAAAAAAUUAGCCGGGCGUGGUGGCGGGCGCCUGUAGUCCCAGCUACUCGGAGAGGCUGAGGCAGGAGAAUGGCGUGAACCCGGGAGGCGGAGCUUGCAGUGAGCCGAGAUUGCGCCACUGCACUCCAGCCUGGGCGACAGAGCAAGACUCCGUCUCAAAAAAAAAAAAAAAAAAAGAAUGAAUGAUUUUUGUAUUUAAGUUGUUUGAAGGCAUGUAUUUUGAAAAAUAUCUGUUACAAAUUUAUAAUUUCAAGACAAAUUGAAUCUUAUUUUAUAAUACUUUUGGAAUUUCAUUAAUCAGGCUAAAAUUUGAGGAAUAUAACUAAUUUUCAGCCUUAAGACAUUUAAGUUUGGAAGUCCUUGCUAUUCAGCAGAAUAACAAGAAACCUUCAGAAUGUAUCACUCUCCCGAAAAGAAGAUAUCAAUAUUAUUUAUGGUUAUAGUUUUAUAUAUAGUCUCAAAAUUCCUAAAGCAAUGCUACAACCAUUAAAUUUGCCAUAUUUUGUAUCAGUGCUGUUAAUUUGCUGUUGCCUCAAGAAAAAGUGCUUUUUCUCCAUUGAUGAGGCUAGACCCUAAGAAGUAAUUAAGUCAAUGUAAAUCAAAUGGAAGUUUUCCCAUGAAUUAAGCAUUUAUUAGUUGCCUGAUUAGACUGGAAGAAGAAACCACUAUUUCAUGAAAAGCAUAGAAUAUUAUAUUUUAUUCUUCAUAAUUAAUGAAUAAAAUUGAUAUGAAUGAAUGUGGUGUUCUUUGAAUUAGUAAACAGUACAUCUGUGACAAUCAUUUUUAACAAGCUCUACUUGUGUUCUUUAUAAAGUGUGGUUUUCAGAAAGCAAACAAAACACAAUUACAAGGUUGAAUCUGAGGAAAAUAAUCCUUGUGCCAUAGAAUUAUUUACAAAAUUGCAUUUCAUUGUUAUGUUUUAUUUUCUGAUACACGAUGUUCAAUUUUAUCUUUAGGUAAUAUUUUAUAUCAUAGAUUAAAAUUUAUAGUGAACUUUAA